GACAAGGGGAAGAAUUGCUGGAAGUUUGGUGAAUUUGUUGGCAAUUACAAAGUGUUUGUUGAUACUUGAUACUUCUCUCUGGUGGUGGCGUUUAUAAAAGUUCAAGGCUAACCUAUAUUGAGAUGAGAUGAAGUUGAAAUUCAGUCUCACCAAGGCUUCAAUCAAGGUUGUAGAGGGGUAUACAUGUAAUUUCAAUCAACAACAUCGGGAGUUUGUGCUUGCUGGCUGCGCCAUGGCGUCGAAUGUGGUGGGGAAGCGGCGGUGGAGUGGCGCAGUGAAACAAGUCACGAAAUCCAACUUCUCUUCGGCUCUCGAGCAGAUCAAGAAGCACAUCCAUGAAUCCGAUUUCAUCGCCAUCUCCACUCAACGGACUGGGGACUUCUCCGGUGCAUCCUCGCCCUCCUCCCACCGCCAUCCAUGGCGCCGUGUCCUUCCCCUCGACACCUCGGAGACAGCCUACCUCAAGGCCAAGCACGCUGCCGAGAGAUUUGAGCUGCUCCAGUUCGCCAUCUGCCCUUUUCGCCUUCUCAGCUCCAAGGUCGUCGCUUACCCGUACAACUUUCAUUUGUUUCCAAGGGAUGAGCUAAACUUAGGCAUGCCUUCCUAUAGUUUCUCAUGUCAAAGUUCAUCUCUGACAUCAAUGGCUCGAGAAGGUUUUGACUUUAAUGCCUGUAUAUAUGACGGCAUAACAUACUCAUCCAGAGCACAAGAGUCAGUGGCAAGAGAUAGAAAUCCUGUUCCUCGAAUGCAUCUGAUGACAUCUUCUUCAAGUCUAUCUGUUGCUGAUUCAGUUUUCAUGGGAAGAAUCAAGUCAAGAGUUGAGACUUGGUGGAAGGCCUGUAGAGACCCAGGGAAGGCAGUAGAUGGGUCUUUAGUUCUAUCCUUGAGAAAGCUUAUACUAGGUGGUGAACUUUAUGGUUCAAGGCCUUGCUUGGGUAUUGAUGUUAGCAGUGAUCAUCAAGUGCAACUUGUUUUGAAGGUAGUAGGUCAAAUAUGCGAUGACCUUGUACCUUUGAUUGUUCCUGACAAACAAGGGGAAAUCAAAACAGUCCGUUUAAUUCUAACGAGUUCAGAAGAUGAUAAAAAUCUUCUACUGACUGAGAUUCAAAGUCUGGAAGAGGAAGAAGAUUUGAAACUUCGUGGAUUUCGAGAGGUUUUAGAUGUCAUCUCUAGAUCUCAUAAACCUAUCAUCGGUUACAACUGCCUUCAUGAUUUUACAUUUAUCCAUUCAAAAUUCAUUGCUCCUUUGCCACCAAGCAUGGCAGAAUUCAUGUGCUCGCUGAGGCUGGCCUUCCGUGAAAUACUUGAUAUCAACCAUCUGUUGAAGGAAGUUGGCCCUUUGAGGAAGGCAAAUAAUGUACCGGCUGCUUUCAGUUACUUGAGGAGGCAGUUUUUCACCCCGGUAGAACUGGAAAUUCCUUCACAAGUUGACAGCGAUGACAAAAACUAUGGGCAUAAUGUUCUGCAAAUAACAUAUUUGUUCGCCAAACUCAACAACUUGCUGAAAAUUGUUCCUGACCAUCAACCUGCGCUUGAACAAGACACCAGACAAGUCAAAGAUUUUGCGAACAUCUUUUAUCCUUGUUCUACCACUCUCCAAGAUUCUGAUGAUGAAGACAUUGGUUCUCAGGUGGAUAAAUCUAAAAAAUUUGGUACCGAUAAUGUGGUUCUGCUGUGGGGAUUUAGGGCUGGAAUAUCUGCAGCUGGCCUAAAACGCCAGCUCCACGGGAUCCACUCUGUAUUUUUUGAGAAUUUUGAGUUGCAGUUAGUGGAUAGAACUUGCGCAAUUGUUAUUUUCCACGUCCCAGGUUCCGCUGGAGAAUUAUUGGAAGACAUGAGAUCAGGAAGCAUCGGUUCAGGUUCUCUAAAGGAGAUGAUGUCUAAUGGUCUGAAAGUAACAGGAUAUGAAGCCUAUAAGAAGGUAUGCAGAAUGGGUCUUUGGGAAGCAGACUUGGCUGAAUCUUUGGAAAUGGUCUUGUCAGAGCAAACAGAUGACCUUCCUUCAAACUGCAAGAAUGAUACGUCUGAGAUUUACUGGAGCAGUGAAUUUAUGAUCGAUCUGAACGUUCUAUGAUGAUUGUUUUGAUAGAUGCAUCACACAGAAGCAUGCACAUUAGCCUAAGGCUAUAGGUCAUGAUUGAAAGGUGAGAAAGUUACUUGAAACAUGGCACAUACGAGGCGUUACAAAGUUGAUGACAAUCUUAGUUGGACAUGCUGACUAUGAUUCUGGCUCACCAUUGCUUUCUUUGUUCAUGAGCUCCAAAUCGGGUGCUGGUUGUCUUCUCGCACACCCUUCUUUGUAGAAUUUUUUAUUCAAAUGGUUACUAAACUUCAUUCUGUUUUCAACUCUACCUUCGUAAAUUUUGUUUUGGAGUGCAUUUAUUUGAGAAAAUCCGUUGGCAGGCACUCAAAUGUGAGUAAAAGUAGAAACAAUAUCAAACCCUUGUACCUGUAAUAAUUUUCUCCAUAAAACUUAUCUAAUCAUUUGAUGAGGUUUAAUUUGCAAAUAAAGUAUGCCACAUUGCAAGAGAACCAAAACACUCACAUAUGACUAUUUAAUCUCAUUUUCAUAUUUCUUUACAAACGGAAAGAUCAACACAAAGCCCGGUUGAAAUUGAGGUACCAAUUUACAUUUUACAAAGUGCAGGCAGUUAAAAGGCAGUGACAUUGUAUAGUGCCCACAGAAAGAAGAAAAAA